AGCCCGGCGGAGGGGACGCGAAGGCAGGUGGCGGGCAGACCACCGCGGUGGCGGCCGCGAGACGCGCCGCGCACGACCCCCGUGGUGCAAAGGAAGGCACCGCCUCCCCAGAGCCACAGCAAUGAUAUCGCCGCGGCGCGCUGGCGUGGCGUGUCCUGGCACGUCCAGGCGUGCCCACCGAGGCGCCCAGCUCAGAUAGCGGAGCGGAGCGGCGCGGAGCGCGCUGGAGACCGCACCCUGCGCGGGCUGCUGGAGGGCCGCCUCUCGCAGAGUCCUCGCAACAUCGUCCCGAAUCCCGGCCGCCGCACCGCGCACG